AUGAGGAGCUGCCUAGCAAAUAAACUGGAAAGUAUAACCCAUAACAAGUGCAGCGGUAGCGACAAAGCACGACCCCAGCACAAGGCGGUCACUGUGGCCAGCGCGUUGGCUCGGAUGGUUACAGAACCUCCUUCAAGACUGAGUAAAGACCUGGCUGAAGAUGGCAGUUGCAAGCAUACUUUUGUGUUUUCCCAUCUGAAAUGGAGUAUCUUGGGGAUCUUCAACUGCAUCUGGUGGACAGGGGCAAAUUUAUGCUUUACUGAACCACCUCUCAACACAAAUUUACCUGAUGACCCAUUGCAGGUCACCCACCCUGGGAAGCCCAGCCUGGAUUACUACAGGAAUGACAGCGCAGUGCUGUCCCUGUAUGGAAACGCGGUGAACGACACAGACUUCAUGUGCGACAAGAGGCAGGUCAGGCAGUUCACACGAGCCUUCCUGCCAUUUUUUUUCUGGCUCAUCUUCUUUGUGGGCACAGUAGGAAAUGCCUUGGUCGUGCUUGUCUAUUGCAAAUACCGCUUCAGGAGGAGCAUGAUGGAUCGGUACCUGCUGCACCUGGCCAUUGCGGACUUGCUCCUCCUCUUCACCCUCCCCUUCUGGGCCAAGGCUGCCUCUGACGGAUGGAUCUUCAAGAGCUUCAUGUGCAAAGCUGUCAACAGUAUGUACAAGAUCAACUUCUAUGGCUGCAGCUUGUUUCUAACCUGCAUCAGCUUUGACAGAUACAUCAGUAUUGUCCAGUCAAUGAAAGCUAAAACUUCUAAGCGAAGGCAGCUCCUGCGCAGCAAACUCAUGUGCUUGGCUGUCUGGCUGACAUCUGUGGGCCUGUGCAUCCCAGAAAUCACGUACAGCCAAAGCAUACAGGUAGGCGACAUUACAGUUUGCAAAAUUAUGUACCCGCCAAACGUCAGCACGAUCUUCAGAGUUACUGUCCUGGCCUUGAAAGUCACAAUCGGAUUCUUCCUCCCGCUCCUUGUCAUGGUUAUUUGUUACACCCUUAUCAUCAACACCCUCCUGCAAGCCAAAAGGUCCCAAAAGCAGAAGUCACUGAAGAUCAUCACCAUGAUCAUCACUGCUUUCCUCCUCUCUCAGUUCCCGUACAAUAUUGUUUUGCUGGUCAAAGCCAUCAACACCUAUGCCCGUGCGGCGUACAGCUGUCAGGCUGCCAACCGGCUGGACAUCGGGCUGCAGGUCACCCAGAGCAUUGCCUUUUUUUUCCUCUAUGUCUUGGCUGGGUAGCGUUUCAGGGCAGCGCUGGGCAGGAUGAUGCAGAGCAGCGGCUGCUGCCGGAGCGGGGCCCGAGAGCAGUGCUCCUCCGCCUGCGACAGCCAGGAGCACAGCUCAAACUGGUCCUUCGCCUUGCUGGGCAGGCGGCGGGUGAGGAGCUCCCUGACACUCAGCACCCACUUGACCUCCUCUGUUAUGCCCCCACCUUGCCAAGUCCUCUUGUAA